UUUGAAUUGAAUUGUAAGUUAGAUCGAAUUUUUGACAACAAUACGUUCAGUUCAGGAGGGAAGGCUGAGUUUGAGACUUUGAAUCUACCUGUCUAAAACUUGAGAUUACGUGAACUUGGAGAAGAAUUUUGCUUGUCAUAUUGCAGAAUGAAUGUGGAGGAAUGGUUAAACGGACUCUUUACUUCCCAAAAAACACAAAACACACCCAUCAAAAAGCACCACUUCAAUGAUGUUCCCAGUUUUGAAAAAAAUAAUGUAACUAAUGAAAUUCUAUGUGAUCUACGAGAUGCCAACUUGUUAGCUGAUUUGCAGGCAAAAGAAGAAAUAAAAAUAAUGAGAACUCUCAUUAAAGAGCAUGAGGCUGAAACCUCUAGACUGACAAAUAUUUUACAUCCCCUGAAGUUAGAUGUGAUGAACUUGCCAGAAGAACUAAAAAAACUUGUUGAAGUAAUUUCGUUGGCAAAUCAGCAAGUACAUGAAUUGGAAGAGACAACAGAAAUAUCACUUAAGUUAAACAAUAUUUCUGAAAAUCAAACUCGAGCUCUUCAACGCCUUCAAAACCUUGAAAAGGUUCAAGAGAGUUUGCACCAGAUGAGCCUAGCUGAUAACCUUGAGCAAAUUACAAAGAAAAAGGAGACAGAAUUCUUGUCAAAAAAAAUCGGAGAAUAUGCUGGACAUGUUCGUCAUCUAGAGAGAAAACUUGAAGCAGUUGACUACACUCCAGAUAUUGGACACGGAUCUUUACAGAAGCGAUCAAAAGAAUUAACUUCGGCAAUUGAAAAACUAUCCCAGCUCAGAUCAAAAUUGGAUAUUUAUUCUGAUCUAACUCCAGAUCUGAAUCUAGCAAAAAUUCAAGUUCAAAACGCUAAAGAUGAACUAGUGCAACUUGAAACUCUCAUAACGGACAACAUAUCAAACAUAAAUUCAAAUUAAAUUGACGUAUAUUUCUGUAAUACAAACACAAUACAUUCAAUCUCUAGAUUUUAAAAAAAUUACGCACUGCUGCUUGAGCUUGCGCCUUACCACAGGUCUUUGUCCCCACGUUUCAAAAACUUCUGCGGAACAAUCGGCAUUGACGAUCGCAGAAUUUCGCGCCGGAAGUAUUCGACAGCCUUUCGUAACCCUGUGUCCAAGGAAACCUACAUGUUUCUUCGCCCUACUUAUGUCAGGCCGUCUCCUUUGCGGAUCAUCCUCAACCGCAGGAAGGUAUUGGAUAGAACUAUUCACACCGUUGACGAUCGAUUUUAUUAUCUGUGCAAAUUCUGAAGUAAUUCAAAUACUUUAAUAAUUUAGGUGAUAUCCCACUGUAAUUAUUGUGUUUAAUGGUUACCAUCUAUGUUAUGUUCGAUGGGAUUACCCAAGUUUACCGGCAGACUGUACGACGAAUUCAUCAAAGCAACAAGGCCAUCGACUAAAUCCGAUACGUAUUGAAAAGAACGUGUUUGUUUCCCAUGCCCAUAAAUCUGAAUCGGUAAAAAAAAGGCUAAAAUAGAAUUUUUAAAUUU